AUGUCGUGGAUGGACUCAUGGUCUCGCCCUAACAAGCACGCAACAACUCCGCCCCCACUAUACCUCACAGUCGGCGACUCAGUACCAUACUGCCACAGCUGCGGCCGUGUCAUCGGCGAGCGACGAAAGCACGGCGGCUCAGAAGUCAAGUACUGCUCUGCACGUUGCCGAAACAGCAAACCGGGUAUCACCGACCGUAAGAUCGAAGCCACAUUCGCCGCCUUCCUAAACGGCGCUACGCCGGAGUCCCUGAAAGAAGAAGAGGAAGCCCAAGAGCAAGAACAAGAAGCCCAAAAAGAGAAUGCAGCCAAAGACGCCGAUUUCGGCAAACACGAAAAGAAACACAAGAAAAAAGCCUCAAAAUCAAAGACCGUAAAAGGCGACCACAGAAUCAUCGUCGAGUGCGAAACAGUCCAAGACAUUGUCUUCCAGCGCGAAAAAGACCCCGAGAAAGUCUACGGGCGCCGGAAAAACCGCAAAGCCCGCUUCGUCAUGGAGAAACCUGAGGAUUGGAAGAGCGUGGACAUGGUCGACAAGCCAACAACAUCUAACUCCGUGCAACCUACUACUUCCCUCACCAGCGAAGACGAAGACUCGGAAUCAGACGUGUCAGAGCAAGAAGGCGGCAUCGUACUUGAAGACGCUAAAACACCUGGUGAUCCCGCGUUGCCAGAUCAGGUCGAAUACGGGUAUGGCAGUGGUAAAGUCCGUCCCCCACAGGAUCAAAACGACGUCAAUGGCAGUGUUGGCGGCGAAAAGGGCUGGGCCGAACGCAUCCAUGAGACGGACGACAUGAAGCUCAAACGCCGCGAAGGACAGCGGCGCGCUGAUGAGCGCGAGAUGGUGCGAAAGGCUGCGCGGCGCGGAUGUGCGUUUGGGUUCAAAGUUGAGGGAGAAGAGGAGAAGAGGAAGUGCGAGGCAGUGAUGAAGGGCGCGGUUGUGGAGGCGAGUUUUGCCAAGGGGGAGUGGGGUGUGCGGUGGAGGGAGAGAGUGUAA